AUGGCUGGACCAUCAUGGUUGGUUGACAGCAAUAGAAUUGCCACAAAAAUCAGGAGUGCAUCUGGUGCAUGUGAUCCUGGAAGAGUCGAUUGGAAAAGCAACCCAAGUAAAGCUUGCCCAAAUUGCCUACAUAUUAUCGACAAUAGUGAUGUCACUCAUGCGUGGCCAGGAUUACCCAGAGGGGUGAAAUUUGACCCAUCCGAUCCGGAAAUUAUAUGGCAUUUACUUUCCAAAGUUGGUGUUGGGAAUCUGAAGGCCCACCCUUUUAUUGACGAAUUCAUUCCAACUGUUGAGGAAGAUGAUGGAAUCUGUUAUACCCAUCCUCAGAAUUUACCAGGUGUUAAGCAAGAUGGUAGUGUAUCUCACUUCUUUCACAGAGCAAUCAAGGCUUACAGCACUGGAACUCGGAAGCGUCGAAAGAUACAUGGUGAUGAUUUUGGAGAUGUUCGCUGGCACAAGACUGGCAGGACCAAACCAGUUAUCCUGGAUGGGGUUCACCAAGGGUGCAAGAAAAUUAUGGUACUUUAUGUGAGCUCCAUUAGGGGUGGGAAACCGGUUAAGACUAAUUGGGUAAUGCACCAGUAUCACCUGGGUACGGGGGAAGAUGAAAGAGACAGAGAAUAUGUCAUCUCCAAAGUAUUUUAUCAGCAGCAGCAAGUCAAGCAGAGUGAAAAAGGCGAAGAAGAUAUUCCUGAAGGCAUUGAUACGAUGAUUGCACAAGUAGAUCCAAUCACUCCCAAAGCUGUGACGCCGUUAAGGCAAUUUUCUGAGUUUGACCUGGUUCAAGAGUCCACUUUUUGCAUAGAUCCCUUGGCUCAGCAUCAUGAAAUGGGUUUCAUAGAAGAAGAUGUGGAAGCUGCAUUUGAGAUGCCUGAUUGUCCAGAUCACCACCCUGCAGAAAAUCAUGCCGAUCAACUGGUAGAUAAUAAUGAGAAUCAGGCUGAUGAGGAACCAAAAUGGUGGGACAGCGAGUCACAACAUCUGUUAGACUCACAACAGCUUGUGGAAGGGCUGUCUCUGUGUGACGAGCUUCUUCAGAGCCAGUCUCCAAAUAGGAAUGGAAAUGAAAAUGACGGAGCACUAAAAGGCAAGCCCUGUCUUGCUGAUUAUGCUCAAUUAGGACCAGAAAAUUUAAAGAAGGAUUUAGAGGAGUGCCAAGCUUUGGUUUUCGAUCCAACAAACCUUGAACUUGAUACACCUCCUGAUUUUCGUCUGAGCCAGCUUGAGUUUGGAUCGCAGGAUAGUUUUCUUGCUUGGGGAGGCAACUAG